CGACCACCCUCUCGCGCAGUUCCCUCUCUCAGUCCAUCGUCCCCCUCGACGACUGUACUCUGUACCGGACUCCAAGCAAUUUUGCGCCUGCCCUUAGCCGUCGUCCCGCACCCGACGUUGCUGGUCAUCGCAGGGCAUAUUCUCCACUCCCCUAACAGCAUUAUCACCAUCGCGCUCGUAACCACGCUCUUUUCUCUUUAUCGUCUUUCUUGACAUGCAAAUCGACAACCUCCUUUUCGCCCGCGACGAUUGCGUUGCUUGCGGCGACAUUCCGGCCUGCAACUGUGCUGAUGGCGAAGAGUGCAUCCAAAUCAGCAGGAGCUGUGAGACCUGCACCACCAACCAAUGCGUCGCAUCCAGCUCAGGCUCGGGCUCAGGCUCGUCCGGAGGGGUCAGCAAAGGUGCUGUCGCAGGCGCAGUAGUCGGUUCGGUCCUCUUCUUCGCUCUCGUCCUCGGCUUCUAUUUCUGGUGGAGGAAAAAGCAACAGGCUGCGAACAAAGAGCAGCCUGCCGCAGAGGGGUCCAAGGAUGUCCCUGCCCCCGCGGACAAGGUUCUCAGUCGUCCUGAUCCCAUCGAGAAGCACGCUUCCCAGCCGUCUCCUCCUCGUCAGCCUCAGGAAGAGCGUGGGACGGUCAGGGUCUAUCCCACCGGCUCUAACUCUAUCAUCGACUUGGACCCCCACUCCCAGCAAGCGAUGCAUCUCAAUGGCGGCCAUAUGCGUAAUUCCUACCGCGACUCUGAUCCCAACCCCUUCGGAGAUGGCCACUCAAUCGUUACAACCUCGACCGGCAGCCAGUCCACGAAUGUCAUCCCUAUCGCCCUCGUUCCUCCUGGGUCUGUUGGCUCUCGACUCUCUUCUCCUUCUCAAACCGAUUCUUCCACCUCUCUUCCCUCUCGCCCUCUUCGCUCCCCCGAUAUCAACCUCAACCUCGAACACCUCAACGUCUCUCGGGACACCAUGCCCAGCAACUCCGGCCAGGACCUUUCCCCUCAUUCGGGUAUCAAUCGGAACUCGUACAUGUCGGCUGCUAGUGGUGCCAGUUACGCAAGCGAUGUACUUACCGAGGCUCCCAUCAUCGUUACCCAGAGCCAGAGGCAGGUUCUGGGGUCAGUCAAGGCCGAAGUUGUACACGCGCCUGGCAGCUCGGGCGCCAACAGUUUGAAGACCAUUUCCGUUGCUUCAAGGCCACCCGUCCGCUCACCACUUGCUACCUCUGCGUUUGGUCCUACCGAUAUCGUAUCUGAACAAGACGACGGCCGAUCCCAGCGUUCUCAGGAGAUCAAUGUCACCAAUGAUCCUUUCGACGACCAUAACUCUCUUCCGGCGCCUACCACGGGAGGCGGUAAUCGCACUUCCGCAGCCACAUUCGGCUCGGUCUCGGACAACGGUUCUCUCUGGACUCCCCUUCCCCAAUUUGCCACAAAUUCAGCGGGGCAGAGCCGUGGUUCCAGUCGUCCCAUCAGCCUCGACACUCAAGCCGGCAGUAUCAUUGGUGCAGACAUCAGAGACGCCACCCGUGUUCAUCUCGGUUUCGUUCAACCCAACUCGGCGCCAUUCAUCCCCGCAACACCCGUCAGCAGUUCCGCAGCUUUCAACUCAAGCCAGCGCAGUCCUUACCGGAUGACUAGUGGGAGACUGGUUACUCCCACCUCAGGCGGCACUGACGUCUCCACCAUGCCUACUGGCUUGGAAGCUCAACAAGCUCGUGCGCUAGCCGAAGCUAAGGCAGUCAAGGCGCAGGCUAUGGAAGAUCGCGACAACUCGAGGAUGUCCAUGUCCACCGUCGCCUCCAACGGUGCUGAUUCGAUCCUUGAGUCCUUCCCAUUCGUCCCUCCUAGCCCGAUCUCGAACAGGCCCAUACGCACGCCUCCCAGAUCGCCUUUGGUCCAGAGUAACCCGGCACAGGCAAGCAGUCCCCUCGCCGCCUCUCACUCGCAGACUUUGUCCGAUUUCGUCGAGCAAGCUUCGGAAGAGGAUAGUGGGAUGAUUGCGCCACCAAACCGGAAGAUGCUCGGGAUGUCGACUGGGAGCGAAAUGUCCAACAUGUCGACCGGUCUGGGAUCCUUCCCCUUCCAAAUCGAAACAUCAUCAGAUGACCGUCCCAGCGGUCAAGUCGCCGAUGCGGGAGAGGACGGUGUCGAUGGCGGGGCUGGAGCGAGCGCCGUUGCCGGGAGACAGAGGGCGAGUCUUGACACGCUGGCGUUGACGAGCGAUCUGUCGUCGUACCCGCUUGGAGUUGAUCGCAAGUAAAUGUGAUUAUUGUGUACCAAGCUCUAUCCAGAUACCCUGGUAAUGAAACGUACGAUACGACUUCUGCUCUCGAGUGCCAGCUACAACUGUUGACUCAACCUUGAUGCUUGACUUGACGCCGCGCUUCUAGUUCUGCGCCUGAUGACCUGUCCACCUAUCUGCUUGUGCAUCCUUAACACCCCUAAUUCCUGGUUUGUUCAUGUUUCCAGCGGACGAAUGUGGCUCACUGUCUUUACUUGCUCGUACUUUUGCCUUCUUUUUUGGUCCGUUGACUGGGCUUUAGGGAUGUAUGUACUGAUUUUCUCCGGUAUUGUAAAAGUACCUUCUCCACUCGCUUUCAUCUUCAUUUACAUACCUUUCCUUUCUGAUAACCCCCUCGUGUCCUUACUUGCUCGUUUGUCGAGACCAUCUCUGCGUUUUGUUACCAUAAGUUUAUACAUUUCGUCUAUAUCGCUACCUACGCUUGUGUCUCGACUACGCUCUCUUCUUUUCACUCUUUCCUGUCUGUGUUUCUUGGGAUUCCCGCUCUGUUAGACUUCAUGUUCGAAGCUAUACUCCACCCCGCCUAUGCGGUGUUAUCAGCCCACCGUGCGUUGCACUCUGUCAGUGUCAAUGUAUUUAUUGAC